AUGCUGGAACUAAAGGACCUCUCAGUCGGAUCAGUCUCCGGCAUGAUAGCCGCGGGCGUCUUCUUCGUCCAGGUUUUUGUACCGCUGGCCCUCCCCCUUAUCCUCCUUGGUUUACUUACGGAGCGAAAUUCCUCCAUCACUCUCCCUGCCGCGUCCUGGUCCGUAGCUGGCCGGUUCUUCCACUCUUCCCUAUGGCCUCGAAUUCUCGGGUCAGACUCUGCAACAACAACUGGUCAGUCUCGGGCCAUCGGAGGUAUUACCUUGCUCAGCACCCUUACCACAGUUCUGUUCGGUAUUACUGCCGUUGUGACUCCGUUGGGUUUGUAUGAAGGCGUUUCUCCAAAAACAGAGACCAAGUUUGCGGAUUUCCAUUACAUCAAGGACACCUCCCCUAUCGGCUACGGCACACCAGCAAGGGGUGAUGUGCGGUUCAGUCGCGUCUGCGGCGGGUUUACUCCCCAGGUAUGCCCUCACUCGAACGGCAAUUUGACCACAACCGAAAACUCGACGGGGACAUAUGUUAGUGGCGAUUGGUAUGACACCAGGAUCCCUCAGCGCGUGAUAGAUAUGUUUCAAAGUGGUCUGUCCUCCCAGAAGAGUUCCGUGUCGAGUAUAUUCGACAUCCAGUGGCGAUCAUACACCUACUCGACGAUUGAUGAUGGACCCAAUAGCCUGGUCAUAGAUAAUGGAACAAGAUACCCCGUGGGAGCUUUUCGACAAAUUUCCAGCCUUGUUCUCAACGAUCGGAUAGAGGCCGUUGAAGGUCUCGUCGUUGAUACUAAGGAUGGAGGGAUUGGAUUCAGGAACCACACGGCGCCUCCAGUUGAGCCAUUUGGAAGUUCCUGGUCUGAAGAUAUUCUUUUCAUCGUCCCGGAAACUCAGUGCGUUGACACCAAUCUGACCCUGGACUUUUCUGUGCCACUUAGAAGCUCUGAAUCCGUUGGCUCCCCGAUUGCCAACCUUGUGUUGACCGACCGAGGCGGCUUCACAAAUCUUGUUCUAGAGUAUCCUUAUUGGGACCGCAAUGAUACCCAGCGGAGACCGGAACUCUGGCAUCGUGCGUAUAAGGCCGCCUGGAUCAAUAAUGCCUGGUCCAUGGCAUUCAUGAACGUAACCAACCUUCGGAAUGAAAGUGACCCGGAUUCGAAAGCAUUCACGUAUCUUGAUUCAUUCCUCGGCAAGAGAUUUCCUCUCCAGGUAAAUGGUUCGAGCUCGACUACCAUUAACAUUCGACCGGAUAGUCUCGUCACGAGCUCGUUGUUUGGAUAUUAUCUCAGCGGGACGGACAUGGGCGUCAACGGAACCAAGCUCUCUUCUCUCAACAUCACCACUCCGGAUAAACCUCCUCUCUAUUCCAAUCCCUGGAAAGUAAACUCACUGAACUUUUCCUCUGCUAACAUUCUUUGCAGCGGCUCGGGUGGAAAGGAUCUGGCGAACAUAACCAAUAUUGCAGCUAAGUGUGGCCUUCUGUACGGCGCACCGCAACGAGUUGAUGGCGGCGAAUCACUCAUCUUCGAACCAGGAUCCAACUGGACCGUACCGAUGUAUUCGUGCAUCUCAGUAACGAAGGCUGUCAUUAAAACGGUUGACUUCCGCUUCAACGGCACCGACGAUAAGCUCUCCUCCUUGACUGUAACAGGCCUUCGCGAGAAGCAGUACCCCAACGAAGAAUCCAAGCCACUAUGGGCCGUCGAAGAUACCACGAUGUAUCUUCGUGACGUCAGAGCAUUAUGGGGUCUAGUAUCAGAAGAGGGUGUGAAGGGGGAUCAAAACAUUUCCACGAUCAGAAAGGAAUCCCUCUAUCUACCAGGAGGUGGCGAAAGCAGUGGCCUCAAUGCUAUCGACUACCAGAACCUUCCAGGGGUAAACUUCUACACAGAUGCUCUCGGGGCCGCCUAUGAAGGUGUUUCGAGCUCGAGCGAAAGCUACAGCGGCGGAAACCAGCUUGCGAUGUAUCGGCUAUGGCAGGAACUUUCCAGGAAUGCCAGCACCGUAGGCAAGAUCAAGAAUCUCAUCUGGACCGAUAUCGCGCUCAACGCCGUCACUGGAACCAGGAGCAUCAGUCCGGACAAGAACAACAAGCAAGUCCUCGCGAAACGUGAUGAUGGCGAUUCACAGUCCACGAACGGAAUCCCCAUAACUAUAUACCAGAGACGCGUGCACUAUAAAUACGGCUAUGGUGUUUUAGCCUUUAUCUCCCUGGUAGUUAUCGCCGGAGUAUUCUUCUUGCUAACCUCGCUCUGCAUCCUUCGUCGUACCGGGCUCUCCAAGACGCGGAAGUACCUCGACGAGACCUCUGUGGGAAGGAUCCUGGCUGCUAGAAGUAUGAUUUCUGGUAGCCCUCGUCCAGGUGCGGGCAUCAGCAGGGAGCCGACGGAUACCUGGAUGAAGUCGACGGGGAAGACAUCUAUCACGUUAGGAUCUGAUCAGCCUCCUAAUAACAAAUUGGAUGGGACGAAUACGAUAUAUCCUGGAGCGGCUGCUGUAUCUGUGAGUACAGAUAAAAUCGAGCAGUCUUCUUACCUCCUGGGCAACUAG